GAGGGUAAAAGCGUACCCGGGGGGCAGCGCCACAUCUGGCAGGGAUUUGGGGGUUAAAAUCCAGUGUCCGCUGCAAUCAACAAUGGCAAAUGAACCGGUGAUUCUGAAUGUUUAUGACAUGGAAAAUAAUCUGGCUGAUGUGCUCAGUGUAGAGCAGUCAUGUCCCGAGAUCUCCUAAGGACUGUGCCAAAGUGCCGGCAGGUGUUUGCUGCAUGUUCAGCAUAGCCUUGAGACAGCUUCUGCAGCUCUCUGGAGACAGGGAUGAGUACUGGAUAAAUGAAUACACCUCUACCUUGGGGAUUGGAGUCUUCCACUCCGGCAUCGAGAUCUACGGCAGAGAAUUUGCGUAUGGAGGGCAUCCUUAUCCUUUCAGUGGGAUUUUCGAGAUCACACCUGGCAGUGCGGUAGAGCUUGGCGAGACCUUUAAGUUCAAAGAGUCCGUUGCUUUGGGCACCACUGAUUUCACAGAAGAGGAUGUGGAUAAGAUUAUGGAGGAGCUGGGCAAGGAGUACAAGGGCAAUGCGUACCAUCUCAUGCACAAGAACUGCAAUCACUUCUCCACUGCUCUGGCAGAGAUCCUGUGUGGGAAGGAGAUCCCCCGUUGGGUGAAUCGCCUAGCCUACUUCAGCUCGUGCAUCCCUUUCCUCCAAAGUUGCCUCCCCAGGGAGUGGCUGACCCCAGCAGCCCUGCAGACCCACAUCAACCUCGGCCUCCACAAGGAAGAGCAGGGAGACACGACAGAUGAGGAGUCCCCAUCCACUUCUGCCGCUCCCUCAGCCUCAGGCACCUCGCGAACCUGUAGGCAUACCCGGGUCUAAGCUGUGCCCAACAUGCUCCCUUCUCUCGCUCUCUGGGUUUCUUCUAUUUCUUUCUCAUUUCGUCUCUUACAGCAGCUUUCUUUCUCCCUCUUUUCUUCGCCCACGAACAUUGAGGGAAACCCCCUUUAAUGAGAAGACGAGCUCUUGAUCCUUCUCGAAGGGUUGUCACUACUGUUGCUUGGCAAAAUGAUGCUGAACUAUAGCAUUGUGCUGACAAGUGUGGUGGCUAACCUGGAUUCUCCUCUCAAGGCCCUCUGUGCUCCUUGAUUCACAGAGAACUGUUGACUUUCUGGGCACGAGAGCAUGGGACUAGAGGGGAACCAUACCGGGAAGUUCCUUGGCUGGAACUGUUUUUAUUCUUUUAUCUCCCCCUCUCUCUACUCUCCAGUUCUGUCAAGGCUGCCCCCCACCUACAGCAUACCUCCUGGACAUUCCAAAUGAAGGAAGCAGAACCUCAGUUUGACUUUCUCAUCUCUAAGACCAGCAACAAGCUCCUACCUAUCCUCUUUUUUGUAAUUACCAGGUUUCUAAAUCAUUCGAAGGACAAGUGAAAGGUAUUGCUGUUGUUUGAGCACCAGUUUUCUGUGUUAGAAUUUAAGAGAUUAGAGGACUGCCCCCCCCCCACAACAAUACCACAAUUACCUAGAAAACAAAUGUAUAAUGGUGGUUUUUAUUUGGUUACAACAGGGGGCGGGGGUUACUGCUUGGGGGUAACUACUAAGUAGAUGCAAAGGUGGCCUUUGAUGGAUUGGUUCUCUUAGUUUCCCAACCCAAGUCACCAGUUUCACAUCCCUGGUUUACUAUUUCCCUUCCUUUUCAGUGGGGUGUUAAAUCUGUCUUCUGGCUGGCUAGCCUGCUGCCUCUGGCAACCUGUGUUUUGUGGAGGGACUUCUGGAGUGAGAGGAUGGUGAGAGGGAAUCCCUUGGGCAGACUGCUAUUUCCUGCAGUCUUUCUUCACAGAACCAAACAUAUGGGUCCCUUGGCAGCCAUCUACCCAGUCUACAUUUAAAGCCAAGCCAGGAAGGCGAAAACUAUCUAGACAGAGAAUAAACCAGAAGAAUUGACAUUUGUUCCCCUGCCUCAGAGGCUGUUUUGGGAUGGAGAGGGCAGCUUGGAAUCCUGUCAGGAAGCAGAGGUUGCUGCCCCCUGUACAUCCCCAUGGCAUCUUUUGUUACAUAACACUCUCUUUAUUUCAGUCAUUUGCAAUAGAACAGGGGCAAGGCUGGUUGACCAACCACCCCAGCAUUGGUUCAUAGAUGUAUUAUGCCCAUGAUGAUGGUUUCUAUGCUGGGGGGCAGGUGGAGAAGGGAGCAGGUAUGCCAAUUCCAUUAUUCAGUCACCUAGCCAGGAAUUAUGUUCAGUGACUACACCAGCAUGGGAAGGGAAAAUCUAGGUCCCUCUUCCCCCACCAUGCAGCUAUGCAGAAGAGGAAGACAAAAGAGCCUGAGGAUGCAUGUGUAAUGUAUUGAUUUAGGGCCUGAUUCUUGGAAGCGCUGCGCUCCAGCUGAAGGCAGGAGGAGCUAUCGGUGCUCAGUGCCUCUGAAAAUCAGGCUCUUAGAGUGAAUAAUCCUGUCUCCAGCAACAGUGAGAAUAACAGACUGCUAAUUACAAGCAGCUAAGCAAGCUACUCCAUUAGCUCAAGUUUACAGAAAUUGUGGGCCUGGUAUUGAAAGUCCUGGGUUUGAUCCCCACUGAUAUGCCUGGUGUCUGUACAUACGUGGUCUCAGUUUGUUACGUGUGUGUGUAUCCAGCACUCUAUUAUCCUGGGUUCCCGGUAUAGUUGCAUAGAGCCAGCAUCACAUUCUCUAUUACCCUGGUUUGUUCCGCGGUGAUUUACUACGAUCAGCAUCAUAUUCUCCAUUAUUCUGAAGUUGCCAGAGCUGCUGCCCAGACACAACAUUACACAAUACAGUACUGCGCACUCAGUUGUCCUGCAGUGACUCGUGUCACUGCCUAAACCAGUCAUGCAAUCUCCAUUUUUCUGAAGUUCCCAGGAUCUCUGCCAAAAAACAGCAUUAUGACCGCAGGUAUGUGCAGUGACUGGAAGGAACUGAGUGGAGGUCUCCCGGAGCUUUCAUUUGGCGAGGGAACAUUGCAGUCAGAUUAAGAGGUAAUGGCAAAUAGUCCCUGAUUGACUGCCAUCCAUCCAUCACCCCAACCUGCUAUCUUGCAUCUGAUCUCAUAUGAAGUGUCACAUUGGAAGUCCCAGGUGGAAUCAGGGCACCAGUGACAUACCUUUCCUAAGGGAACUGCUUUGUCUAAGGAUAUGUUUACACUACGAAAUUAGGUUGAAUGUAUAGAAGUCGGUUUUGUAGAAAGCGGUUUUAUACAGUCGAUUGUGUGUGUCCCCACACAAAUGCUCUAAGUGCAUGUAGGCGGCGGAGUGUGUCCACAGUACCGAGGCAACCGUCGACUUCCGGAGCGUUGCACUGUGGGUAGCUAUCCCGCAGUCUCCGCCGCCCAUUUGAAUUCUGGCUAGAAAUCCCAGUGCCCGAUGGGGCUAAAACAUUGUCGCGGGUGAUUCUGGGUACAUAUAGUCAGGCCCCCCUUCCCUCCCUCCUUCCAUGAAAGCAAGGGCAGACAAUCGUUUUGUGCCUUUUUUCUUGAGUUACCUGUGCAGAUGCCAUACCACGGCAAGCAUGGAGCCCGCUCAGCUAACCAUCACCAUAUGUCUCCUGGGUGCUGGCAGACCUGGUACUGCCUUGCUACACAGCAGCAGUUUGUUGCCUUUUGGCAGCAGACAGUGCAGUAUGACUGGUAGCCAUCGUCGACGUAGUCCUGGAUGCUCUUUUAACCGACCUCGCUGAGGUCAGGGGCGCCUGGGCAAAUAUGGGAGUGUCUCAGCCGGGUCAUUUCCCUUUUAAGUUUCAUCUCAUGGUGAUUGAGUCCUACUGGCAGUGCACUGUCUUUUAAUCAGCAGCCAGCAGAAGUUGAUGGCCAGUAGUCAUACUGCACCAUCUUCUGCCGAGCACCCAGGAGAUGACAAUGGCUAGCGGUCGUACUGCACAGUCUGCUGCCAGCAAGAUGUAUAAAGAUAGAUGAAGUGGCUCAAAACAAGAAAUAGACCAGAUUUGUUUUGUAUUCAUUUUCUCCUCCCUCCCUCCGUGAAAUCAACAGCCUGCUAAACCCAGUUUUGAGUUCUAUCCUUGAGGUUUUGAGUUCUAUCCUUGAAGGGGCCAUUCAGUUUCUCGCAAAGCCACCCCCUUUGUUGAUUUAGUUCCCUGUAAGCCAACCCUGUAAGCCAUGUCGUCAGUCGCCCCUCCCUCCAUCAGGGCAACGGCAGACAAUUGUUCCGCGCCUUUUUUCUGUGCAGACGCCAUACCACGGCAAGCAUGGAAACCGCUCAGAUCACUUUGGCAAUUAGGAGCACAUUAAACACCACACGCAUUAUCCAGCAAUAUAUGCAGCACCAGAACCUGGCAAAGUGAAACCGGGUGAGUAGGCAACGUCAGCGCGGUGACAAAGAGUGAUGAGGACAUGGACACAGACUUCUCUCAAAGCACGGGCCCUGGCAAUGUGGGCAUCAAGGUGCUAAUGGGGCAGGUUCAUGCGGUGGAACGCCAAUUCUGGGCUUGGGAAACGAGCACAGACUGGUGGGACCGCAUAGUGUUGCAGGUCUGGGACGAUUCCCAGUGGCUGCGAAACUUUUGCUUGCGUAAGGGCACUUUCAUGGAACUUUGUGACUUGCUUUCCCCUGCCCUGAGGCGCAAGAAUACCAAGAUGAGAGCAGCCCUCACAGUUGAGAAGCGAGUGGCAAUAACCCUGUGGAAGCUUGCAACGCCAGACAGCUACUGGUCAGUUGGGAAUCAAUUUGGAGUGGGCAAAUCUACUGUGGGGGCUGCUGUGAUGCAAGUAGCCAACGCAAUCAAAGAUCUGCUGAUAUCAAGGGUAACGACCCUGGGAAAUGUGUAGGUCAUAGUGGAUGGCUUUGCUGCAAUGGGAUUCCCUAACUGUGGUGGGGCCAUAGACGGAACCCAUAUCCCUAUCUUGGCACCGGAGCACCAAGCCGGCGAGUACAUAAACCGCAAGGGGUACUUUUCAAUAGUGCUGCAAGCACUGGUGGAUCACAAGGGACGUUUCACCAACAUCAACGUGGGAUGGCCGGGAAAGGUAUAUGACGCUCGCAUCUUCAGGAACUCUGGUCUGUUUCAAAAGCUGCAGGAGGGGACUUUAUUCCCAGACCAGAAAAUAACCAUUGGGAAUGUUGAAAAGCCUAUAGUUAUCCUUGGGAACCCAGCCUACCCCUUAAUGCCAUGGCUCAUGAAGCCAUACGCAAGCAGCCUGGACAGUAGUCAGGAGCUGUUCAACUACAGGCUGAGCAAGUGCAGAAUGGUGGUAGAAUGUGCAUUUGGACGUUUAAAAAUGCGCUGGCGCAGUUUACUGACUCGGUUAGACCUCAGCGAAACCAGUAUUCCCACUGUUAUUACUGCUUGCUGUGUGCUCCACAAUAUCUGUGAGAGUAAAGGGGAGACGUUUAUGGCGGGGUGAGAGGUUGAGGCAAAUCGCUUGGCUGCUGGUUACGCACAGCCAGACACCAGGGCAAUUAGAGGAGCACAGGAGGGUGCUGUGCGCAUCAGAGAAGCCUUGAAAACCAGUUUCAUGACUGGCCAGGCUACGGUGUGAAAGUUCUGUUUGUUUCUCCUUGAUGAAACCCCCCGCCCCUUGGUUCACUCUACUUCCCUGUAAGCUAACCACCCUCCCGUCCUCCCUUCAAUCACCGCUCGCAGGGGCAAUAAAGUCAUUGUUGCUUUACAUUCAUGCGUUCUUUAUUAAUUCAUCACACAAAUAGGGGGAUAACUACCAAGGUAGCCCAGUAGGAGUGGUGGAGGAGGGAAGGACAAGGCCACACAGCACUUUAAAAGUUUAAAACUUUAAAACUUAUUGAAUGCCAGCCUUCUGUUGCUUGGGCAAUCUUCUGGGGUGGAGUGGCUGGGUGGCCGGAGGCCCCCACACCGCAUUCUUGGGCGUCUGGGUGAGGAGGCUAUGGAACUUGGGGAGGAGGGCAGUUGGUUACACAGGGCCUGUAGCGGUAGUCUGUGCUCCAGCUGCCUUUCCUGCAGCUCAACCAUAUGGUGGAGCAUAUUAGUUUGAUCCUCCAGCAGCCUCAGCAUUGAAUCCUGCCUCCUCUCAUCACGCUGCCGCCACCUUUUAGCUUCAGCCCUCCACCUCUCCUCCCGGUCAUUUUGUGCUUUCCUGCACUCUGACAUUAUUUGCCUCCACGCAUUCGUCUGUGCUCGGUCAGUGUGGGAGGACAGCAUGAGCUCAGAGAACAUUUCAUCGCGAGUGCAUUUUUUUUCGCCUUUUGAUCUUCGCUAGCCUCUGGGAAGGAGACGAUCCUGUGAUCCUUGAAACACAUGCAGCUGGUGGAGAAAAAAAAAAGGGACAGUGGUAUUUAAAAAGACACAUUUUAUAUAACAAUGGGUACACUCUUUCAGGGUAAACCUUGCUGUUAACAUUACAUACACAGCACAUGUGCUUUCGUUCCAAGGUCACAUUUUGCCUCCCCCCACCACGUGGCUAGCCCCUCCUCCCACCCACCUCCCCGUGGCUAACAGCGGGGAACAUUUCUGUUCAGCCACAGGCAAACAGCCCAGCAGAAAUGCACCCUAUUUCAACCAGGUGACUAUGAAUGAUAUCACUCUCCUGAGGAUAACACAGAGAGAUAAAGAACGGAUGUUGUUUGAACGCCAGCAAACCUACACUGCAAUGCUUUGUUCUACAAUGAUUCCCAAGUAUGUGCUACUGGCCUGGAGUGGUAAAGUGUCCUACCACGGUGGAUGGAAUAAGGCUGCCCUCCCCAGAAACUCUUUGCAAAGGUUUUGAGAGUACAUCCAGGAGAGCCGCGAAUGCCAGGGCAAAUUAAUCAUUAAACAUGCUUGCUUUUAAACCAUGUAUAGUAUUUUAAAAGGUACACUCACCAGAGGUCCCUUCUCCACCUGGCGGGUCCAGGAGGCAGCCUUGGGUGGGUUCGGGGGGUACUGGCUCCAGGUGCAGGGUAAGAAACAGUUCCUGGCUGUCGGGAAAACCGGUUUCUCCGCUUGCUUGCUGUGAGCUAUCUACAACCUCAUCAUCAUCAUCUUCCACAUCCCCAAAACCUGCUUCCGUGUUGCCUCCAUCUCCAUUGAAGGAGUCAGACAAUAUGGCUGGGGUAGUGGUGGCUGACCCCCCUAAAAUGGCAUGCAGCUCAUCAUAGAAGCGGCAUGUUUUGGGCUCUGAUCCGGAGCGGCCGUUCGCCUCUCUGGUUUUCUGGUAAGCUUGCCUCAGCUACUUAAGUUUCACACGGCACUGCUUCGGGUCCCUAUUAUGGCCUCUGUCCUUCAUGCCCUGGGAGAUGUUUUGGCAUGUUGAAAACUGGAACGGAGUUCUGACAGCACGGAUUCCUCUCCCUAUACAGCGAUCAGAUCCCGUACCUCCCGUUCGGUCCAUGCUGGAGCUCUUUUGCGAUUCUGGGACUCCAUCAUGGUCAUCUCUGCUGAUGAGCUCUGCAUGGUCACCUGCAGCUUGCCAUGCUGGCCAAAUAGGAAAUUGAAAUUCAAAAGUUCGCGGGCCUUCUUCUGUCUACCUGGCCAGUGCAUCUGAGUUGAGUGCUGUCCAGAGCGGUCACAAUGGAGCACUCUGGGAUAGCUCACAGAGGCCAAUACUGUCUAAUUGCAUCCACAGUACCCCAAAUUCGAACCAGCAAGGCCGAUUUCAGCGCUAAUCCCCUUGUCGCGGGUGGAGUAAGGAAAUCGAUUUUAAGAGCUCUUUAAGUCGAAAAAAAGGGCUUCGUCGUGUGGACGGGUGCAGGGUUAAAUCGAUAUAACGCUGCUAAAUUCAACCUCAACUCCUAGUGUAGACAAGGGCUAAAUGUUUUACUAAACAGCAUACAUAACUAGGUUUAUUUUAAUCCAGGCAAGCUGCAUUCUUCCUCCAUUCAAGCCUUUGGGGAGAGGAGACAUUCUUGAGGUUGCAGGACACUCCUUUGGUGCAAGCUGUCAGCACUAUCAAAAGAUUUUAAAAAAUUGCAACGGGGACAAGAAGCUGGAAGAGAAUCAAACCAUCACUGUGGCUAAUUCAUAGCUCAGAAUGUGUUCUAGUCCUCAAGACUGCUGCUUACCUCCCUACCCUGGCCAAGCUACCUGACCAACGGUGACCAGAAUAAAGAAAGCGACACUGUGGAAAUAAAAAGUAUAAUAACAAUAUUGUUACCUGUGUAAUUAACCACAUUUUAAUGAUUAAAAUGGAGUUUUUAAAAUCUAA